CCUAAAAUAUAAAAAUAAAUUAUCCGUGUUGCUGUUGGAGAACUCCCCUCAUUUCCUGUCUGGAAUUUUUUUUUCAGGAGGACAGAAAGUAAAAAUAAUCUCUAACCACCCCAGAUAGAACAAAAAAAUGUUUUGGCUGACUGGAUAUACACUUAAUUGUAACUAAGUCUCCUGUUUCUGUCUUUGCCUGUUACAUUGAGAAUCGCCAUGGGUAGGAAGCUGGACCUGUCCAAACUGAGUGAUGAGGAGGCCAAGCAUGUAUGGGAGGUUGUCCAGAGAGACAUCAGUCUACGCAAGAAAGAGGAAGAGCGGCUUGAGGACUUGAAGUUCAAGGUGGAAAAAGAGAGCAAUAAAAGAGAAUUGCUGUCCAAUGAAAGUCACCUGAACAACACUCACUGCAUACACUGCUUGCAGCCCUUCCAGUUCUUGAUCAAUAGUAAGCGUCAAUGCAAAGACUGUCAGCUCUUUGUGUGUAAAAACUGCAGCCGCUACAACAAAAAGGAGCAAGGCUGGGUGUGUGACACCUGUCGGGGUGGAAGGAUGGUGAAGAUCGGGUCCCAUGAAUGGUAUUAUGACCAUGUCCGUUCACGCUUCAAACGCUUUGGCAGUGCCAAGGUAAUGCGCUCAUUAUACUUGAGGCAACAGUCUGAUCCAAAAGGAGGAUCAGGUCUCCAGGACAGAGUUUACAGCCUACCUGACAUUAACAGAGAAUACCUACGUCAGGCAAGGGCUGGGAUGUUUGCCGAUGAUGACGAGGACAUGGUGGACAGUGCAGAAGCUCAGCGCUACAGUAUGAUGCGCAAGACCAAGCGCCUACUCUCUGUCCAUCCGUAUGACUUUGAAAAUGACUCUGAGUAUUCAGCCCAGUCUCGCAGACAGUCAAUACAGCUGUCUCCUUCUCUAGAUCAAGAUGUCUUCCAGUCAUUUUCUGAGUUCACCAGCUCUGGUAAAGACGUGGCUCGGAAAGAGUCUCUCAUCGCAGAGUCAGAACUGGCUUCUGCGUUCCACCAGCUACUUCAGGAUCAGGGACAAACUAUGGCUAAUCCAGAGCAAGAGUUCAGUACUGAAGUCCGUCUGACAGUCAACUCCAGACGCCGUAGUCUUGACAACAUUCGGAGGCCCAACCUUCCUUCUUUAACAGAAUCCCAAGUAAAUUGUUCCUUCCCUGAUCCCCAACUAACUCGCACCCGCUAUCUCCCUAAAGGCAGCCCUUCCCUUGUACCCAAGGGAUCACAGUACUCUGGGGAUAUGGACACUUCGGAUGAAGAGAGGGGUGCUGCUCCCAAAGCUCCCCCAAGGCGCAGGAGUCGAGCAUCUUCUCAAGAAAAUGUGCAUCAUUCAGGCUCUCAGAUUUCUGAUCUCAGCAAACGCAUGUCUGCCAUUGAACGCAUGCUAAACCGCCUAGAGGAGAGAAUGUCUGUACAUUCAGAUGAGUCUACAAGUCAUGGAGUGCACACAGAUGCUGACCUGGAGGAGGAAACUCUGAAACGAAAGAUUGGAGAACUUGCCAGUAAAAUCUGUGACAAAGGAGGAUCCUCAGAUGAGGAAAAAGCCCCUAAAUUUAAACCAGCACUAAAAUCAUCCACUGAGAUUGCAAAUCAAAAGAGAACUUCGGCUCAGGCUCUCUGUGACAUCACGGCCAAAACACUGAGGACCAUAAAUGCCACUGAAAGAGCCAUUCAAGAGGUCCUGGGUGGUCAAGGUCAACAGCUUACCUUAUCUUGCAUCCAACCAAGGGACACCAAGAAGACACAGUCUGAAUUCGAGAACUUAGAGCAAAAUGUGUACAUGACAGCAGAUAAGGCAUAUGGCCUGGAGAAAAGCCUGCAAGAGCUGGAGGAGAGAGCACUACAGAGUGGAACCACAGAUUCUGAGCUUUCAGAAUUGGAGGUCAGCGUGGCAUCUGCCAUGGCACAAGUGCAGCAAACUGAGAGCGAGGUGUCAGAUAUUGAAUCUAGGAUAGCAGCUUUGAGUGCAGCAGGACUUACAGUCUCACCUUCAGACAAAGCCAAAAGGAAGUCCAGCCCUCGGGCUGUUGUCCCUGCCUUAUCCAGAAGUACGGAACCAUUUGUGUCUUCACCCCCAGAACAACCCAACCUCACAUCAACACCAAGUGAAGCAAAGAUCAUGUUAAUGCAGCAAGCACUCCAAAAGAAGUUUGGUAUAGAUAUGGAAGAUGGGUCCAUUGAAAGAAAUUCUAUUUAUCGAGGCUCCCUAACCCAGCGCAGUCCAAAUGGAAAGAACAAAAGGGCUGAUCGUAUCUUUGCCAGACCUGUCCUUAACCCGAGAUGAAACAAGAAGUUCUUGGCACAUUGUGUGGCUUUGUCUGCAUUACAUCUAACUGGAUUUCUUCAUAGCAAUCUCUGAUUUAGCUUAUGGCUGAAACACAACCACAGUUACUGUAUACAGCCCACAACUAUAUUUUUUCUGGGAAAUGUAGGGCAUGCUAGUAAACCUAAAUAUAAUAAACUUCUUACAGAGUUGUCUAUAA